AUGCGCACCAGCCUCGCCCUCCUCGCCCUCGCCGUCGGCGGCGCCGUCGUCGUCGGCGAUGUCAGCGCGCAACCCGCCACUGUCCGGUUCAGCGACUGCUUCUCCGGCAGCAAAAGCCAGAAGCUCAACGUCUCCACCGUCUACGGCCAGAUGUUCGACGCCGACGCCCGCCAUCUCAACCUGACCGUGCUUGGUACCUCGCCUCAGGAUAUCAUCGGAUCGGCCAACCUCAACCUCGCUACCCUCUUCACGACGACCGAGAUGCUCACUCUCGACGUCUGGGACAACAGCACGUACUUUUGCCAGACCCUCCGCCCGCCAUCGCCCCUCCCGAGCACCACCAACGGCUCGUCCCUCUACUGCCCCAUCCCCGCCGGCCCAUUUGCCUUUAGCACGUACAUCCCCCUCGACUCUGCCCGCGAGCUCGCCACCCUCCAGACCCGGCUUCACGCCGUUGACCCCUCCUCGGCCGAGAUACUCUGCAUCGACGUCUUCACCACUAACCUCGCCCCGGGCACAUGGGGAAGCGUUUAUGGCCACGCCAUCGCUAUAUUCUGGUUCACCGUCGCGCUCGCCAUAGCAUACUGGCUCUUGGUUCUCGUCGCCCGCAUCGUCAGCGCGUGGGGGCGCGGGGUCGCACGCACGGGCACGGGAGUAUGGGGCAAGGUCGAACGCGUCGGGUUCGUAUUCGCGAGCGCGCUCAGCGGAGAACGCUUCGCCGUCAGUCCGGCGCUCAUGCGGUUUUGCACACCGUCGAUGCGGGACAUACUUUUCCAUACGCAAUGGGUUGCCGGACUCAGCAUGGUCGCCGUUCAAUGGCCCAGCUUUGUGUACCCACUGGCCGCACAAACCGCUUGGAGCAUGCUGUCCUACAAUAUCACCCUGACGCAGGGAUCCAAACACCCACUGCAUUGGAACCCCGUAUCUGUACCCGCCUUCCACCCGCCCUCGAACUUCGCCGAUCAGCUAACCGACCCGACGUCCCCGCUGUUUGUGGACACUUCGAACCCCAAUACGUUGUUCACGCUCCCGCCCGACGCUCGCACCGGCAUUCCUUCCUUCGCCUAUGCUGUGGGUCUUCGUCCCGAAGACCUCUUCGGCAUCUGUAUGGGUAUUUUCCUCCUCCUCCUCGCGGCUGUCUGCGUCAUCAGUCUCGUUAUCAAGCUCUUCGCAGCACUCGGCUCGUCCGGGCGCUCCGCUAUGGGCUCCAGAGGCCGGAGUCACAGCCCAGGGCCGUACGGCGCACGGGCAGGCGGACCCGCCGCGAGUAAGGACGUUCUCUCUGAGUCCGGCGUUGGCGCUACGGACGACAGCGUGGACAACAAGUCGCAUCAGUCCCACUUCCUCUUCUCGCGCGCCGUUCCUGCGCCGUCCAAGUCGCGGUUCAUCAACCGCAUCCGCCCGAACCUCAAUUCAUUCCACCUUUCCAUCCUACACGGUGCCCUGGUCCGCGUCCUAAUCUGGUUCCACUUCCCGAUCACGCUCUUCGCGGCGUACCACAUGACGCUGCCUCGAUCGCACGCGCCGCUCUCUUCCGUUGUUCUCGCCGCGCUGUCCUUCGCGUUUUUCAGUGUGCUCAUUCCCGGCCUGCUGCUUGCGCGUCUCGCGCUCACGUCCACGAGCAAGCUGUAUGAUGAGACUUGCACCCUUCUCGCUCUCGGCCCGCUCUAUAACCACUACCGCGCAGGCUCUCAGCUCUUCGCUGGUCUCUUCUUCCUCGAUAACCUCGCGAUGGGCCUCACGAUUGGCGCGGGUCAGCGUAGCGGAACCGCGCAGGCGAUCAUUAUCCUCGUGGUGGAGGUAGUCAGCGCGUUGACGACAAGCUUGUGGCUACCAUGGGGGCAAGGAGCGAGCAUGGGGCUCAUAAGCUUCCUAUUCUGCGUCGGACGAAUCGUCAUCGCGGUCCUGGUCGUGAUCCUCACACCCGUGGUUUCGAUCGGCCAGGCAGCAGGAGGCUGGGUUGCCUACGCUAUCCUCCUCAUCCUCGCGCUCAUUUACCUCGCCUUCGUUCUCAUACUCUUUGUCAAGAUUAUCGAAGGCAUCACCCGAAUCUGCGGUGGCGUUAGCUUCGACCGAUCGCGUCACGUGGUUGACUCCGGUCUCAUCGGCGCCUGCGGACUGCUCGGCUGCUGCGGUGGCGGACGACAGCAGAGGCGUCGGAGGCGCUACAGAGCGUCUGACGCGCGCAGGCCGUCAAGUCAGCCGUUUGCCUUGCCCAGUUCGGCGUUACAGCAGAACAACCAAAGCACGCUCAAUAGCCAAUCCCAGACGCUGAAGGCGGAAUCUUAUGGCCCACCGAGUGUGCUCCGCCCCGAGCACGCCAUGCGGCCGUACAAGGAAACCGACGACGAGGAGCAAGAGGCGGGCUAUAUUAUGGGCGCUUGGCAGCCAUUCCCGCGGCCGGGGUACAACGCCCUUGCAGAACAACAUAAGGACUCGUUCUCUUCCAACCCGUCCACGCUCGUGCAAUCGACUCCGGCGCCUGCCGCUUCCAGCUCCGGCUUCGCGCGGGUGGGUGGCGGGCGGGCGCACUACGAGGACCCGUACCAUAUCGCCACCAGAUCUAGCCUGACGUUCCCAAGCGCGGACCACUCGAUCGACCGAGCGGAGAGGCCCACGCUCGCGAGGCACCUGACGAACGAGCGGGAAGAGGACGAGGUCCUCCCCACCGCCUCCGUCGUCAGCUUUGCCCGGCAGCCAACGCCCCUUACACCGCACCAGCGCACGCGCUCGCAGACCGCGAUUGUCGAGGACGUUGCGCUAUUACGGAACAUGUUCGCGGACGCGCACGAGGUCCGGCCGUUAUCGCCUGGUGGGCGGAAAGACGAGAACGCCGUGGUUGACGACGACGACGACGACGACGAAUCGGUGAAGGAGACGCCUCGGCAUCGUGGAUGGUUCAGCCUUGGAAGGAAGACCAGGCGGCACAGCGAGAUUGCCUCGCCUCCGCCAGCGCCUUUAAACCUCAGUGCCGACCCUGGACCCUCGGAGGCUGGUCCGAGCACGGGCCGCUCGUUCGUCGUCGUGCGCAAGCAACAGCCGGGUAUCAGGCAACAAAGUGCGUCGCUCGAUCUCAACAGAGCGACCGAGGACAGACCCGGUCGCUCGUUCGAGGUACUCCGGGGCAAAGACGUAUGA